UCACACUUUCACGUACCUAACCUAUUCAAACCGCUGCAAAUGCCCAUUAAACCAAUGGAGAAGAAAAGAAAAAUAAAAAAAGAGUUUUUAAGUUUUUAAAAAAUCUCAGGCUUUGGUUUGACCAGUCAUCCUCGAUUCCUCUUGCAUUUCUUUCUUUUUUUCGAAGGCGACUUCUUCCUUUUCUUCGAGUAGUUCCGUUAUUUGUUCGUUCUUGAAGGCUUGUGGUGGAUGAUCAUAGGGUAGUAGGGAGAAAGAGAGAGAGAUAGAUAGAAGAUAGAGAGAGAGAGAGAGAGAGAGAGAGAGAGAGAGAGAGAGUGAGUGGGUUAGAAUGAUAAGCAACAAGAAGAAGAUGGGGAACGGGGAGAAGAUGGCAGUGGCGGCCGCCAUAGAAUCGAUUGGGCUGGGUUACGACCUGACCGAUGAUUUGAAGCUUAAGUACUGUAAGAGGAACUCGGCCGAACCCAGGCUGAUCAUCAUCGAUGAUGAUCACCGCGUCUUGGUCGUUCCCCCCGGUAGACUCUCCAUUCCAAAUGUGCCCAAGUCCAUCAAGUGUGAUAAAGGCGACCGUCUGAGGUUCGCCUCUGAUGUUCUAUCUUUUCAGCAGAUGUCAGAGCAGUUUAACAAGGAAUUCUCUCUUUCUGGUAAAAUCCCCUCGGGCCACUUCAAUGCUGCAUUUGAAUUCACGGGAAGCUGGCAGAAAGAUGCUGCCAACACUAAAAGCCUUGCUUUUGAUGGUGUCUUCAUCACACUCUACAACAUUGAACUAGAAAAAUCACAGGUGGUAUUGCGUGAUCAUGUAAAACAAGCUGUACCAUCAUCAUGGGAUCCUGCUGCAUUGGCAAGGUUUGUUGAGAAGUAUGGCACACAUAUUAUAGUUGGAGUGAAAAUGGGGGGCAAGGAUUUAAUAUAUGCGAAACAACAGUAUUCAUCACCUCUCCAACCUGCUGAUGUACAGAAGAAUCUGAAGGAUAUGGCAGACAAGAUGUUUGCAGAUGGGAAUGGACAGCAUGGAAUGAAUUCAAUUGGGAGGCAGAAGUUCAUCAAGGAGAGUGGGAUCCCCUUUAUAGAUGCAGUUCAAUCUAGUUCUUACUACCAUAAUGAGUUGCAGGAUGUUAAAUUCACAUGCAAGAGGAAAGGGGGAACCUUGAGUAGAGGUCUAUCUCACAAUGAGUGGUCUCAGACGGUUCAGUUGGAACCUGAUGUGAUCUCAAUGUCAUUCAUCCCGAUCUCAUCGUUGUUGAGUGGACUUCAUGGCAGUGGCUUUUUGAGCCAUGCCAUCAAUCUUUAUCUUCGAUAUAAACCGCCAAUUCAAGAACUACAUCAGUUUUUGGAGUUUCAACUUCCAAGGCAAUGGGCGCCAGUAUUUGGUGACAUUCCCCUUGGUCCAGAUCGGAAGCAGCAUAGUGCAUCUUUACAGUUCAGCUUAAUGGGUCCUAAGCUCUAUGUUAACAAAACUCCAGUUGAUGUGGAAAAGAAGCCAGUUACUGGCCUCCGGCUUUAUUUGGAGGGAAAAAGAAGCAACUGCUUAGCAAUUCACCUGCAGCACCUUUCCUCACAGCCAAAGACCUUUCAACUCAAGGAUGAACCGAAUUACAAAGUCUCUCACCUAUCAUCUGACCGCAGGUACUACGAAAAGGUUCAGUGGAAGAGCUUCUCUCAUGUGUGCACAGCCCCUGUCGAGUCUGAUGAUGAUUUCUCUGUUGUUACUGGGGCACGCUUUGAAGUUAGCGACUCUGGAUUGAAGAAAGUUUUAUUCUUACGGCUCCAUUUCUCUAAAUUUAUUGGCGCCAUGGCUGUUAAAAGUGAGUGGGAUGGUUCCCCUGGUUUGGCCCAAAAAUCUGGAAUAAUCUCGACCUUGAUCAGCACCCGUUUCUCAAAUGCUCAAAAACAGCCACCUCGGCCAGAUGAAGUGAACAUAAACUCUGCUGUGUAUCCUGGGGGCCCUCCAGUGCCAACCAUGACACCGAAGCUUCUAAGAUAUGUUGACACGACAGAGAUGACAAGAGGGCCACAGGACUCACCUGGUUACUGGGUUGUAUCAGGGGCGAGGCUUCUUGUUGAGAAGGCUAAAAUCUCUCUCAAAGUCAAGUAUUCUCUCUUGACAGUGAGUUUACCUGAUGAAGAGGUCCCUGAGGAUUACUAAGUGUUGUGUGCGUGUGCAGGUAUCCUAGAUGCCGCCAACAGCAACCUACAAGGACUCUCUCCAUUUCAACUAAAAUGAAGAGGAUGCUAUGCAGCAUAGUUGAUAUGGAUGCCUGUCAAAAUUUAUUUGAAAAGCGAAAUGAAGUGGCAAAAUUCUCGCAUACAACAGUACUGAUAUUGGCUUUGGCUUUGGCUUUGCUUUGGUUGGGUGCCUGGUGUUCUGACUUCUGUUUGAAAACGAAGAACGAAUUUGGGACUAAGAUAGUAAUUUAUCUGUAUGCCUUGAUUACAGGAUAAACACAAGGAAGGUUGUUCAAUGGAGGAACUUCAUUCAUCAUCUUUUAAA